UAAGUUGCUGAUGGUCCCUGUCUGUUACAUCACAGCCUGUCAGAGCUCAAGGGAGAGGACGGGAUAGAUAGCGAGGGGGAGACACCGGCAGGCGACGUCAAAAACGAAGGCUUGAAAAAAGAGUGGUAGCGCGGGAGAGAAAAAACGAUAACAAUAUUAAUUCUAACAAUACAAUUUAAGGUUCUGGAUGAUUCUACAACAAAGACUAACUGUGCCCUGAAGAGCACAACGAUAAUAUUGUUGGAGAGAAAUAAUAAUCCUUCGUUCCGAUAACUGUGAGUCAAACAAACAUUCUGAACAUCAAGUUGAAUCAACAGCGCUGAUACCGAAGCCAGGGGAAAGGGUGGCACACGACAUUUAAGAAAGAAAGGCAAGGACUAAGUGGCGCAUACAACUCGAAGAAGGGAGAGACGGCGACACGAAUUUGUUACCAGCGCCUCGGCGACACAGCUUGCCAAGAAAGGGACUAACGGGAACUCUGUCGGUCCAGAACUACAUCCGAUAUCACACUGGGAGUUUAGGGGCACAAAAGACCGAGGGACCUCGGCUGAAGAACAGAGACACAGGCGUAAAGAAGGGAAAGGCGGAUCAGGAGAGAGCAACAUAAGAAAAUAACAUCCAUCAGUCAUUGGAUUCGGGGACGUUUAAAUAUUUGACUAUUUCCUCCGAAAUCGGUGCGAUUUAUUUCUGCAUGAUCGUUCGGGCGUAAUAUUUGUGCGUAUGUAUGAAGCCGUAGCGUUAACCUAACCGGACAAAGAGAAGCGCCAUACAUUGACAUAGGCUACAGUCCCGCUACACCUACAGCUGGUUAAACAAAGGAAACGUACAGAAAGACUGUUACUGUUGAUUUGCAUUCGUAAUUCGAAGCUGAACAAGGGCCCAGAAGAAUCUCGUAAAGUCCCCGAGUCCUCCUCACUCUCCACACAGUUUUCUAGUGUCCAUCCCCGGGGCGCGACGGUCGCUCUUCCCGCACCGUCCAAAUGAAGGAGGCCGACGCAAUUAAAUUGUUCAUCGGGCAGAUUCCACGGAAUCUGGAGGAAAAGGACCUGAAGCCUAUCUUCGAGCAGUUUGGGAAGAUCUAUGAGCUGACGGUGAUAAAGGACAAAUAUACGGGGAUGCACAAAGGAUGUGCCUUCCUGACGUACUGCGCACGGGAGUCCGCCCUGAAAGCCCAGAGUGCCCUGCAUGAACAGAAGACGCUACCGGGGAUGAACCGCCCCAUCCAAGUGAAGCCAGCAGACAGCGAGGGCCGAGGAGAAGACAGGAAGCUGUUUGUGGGCAUGCUGGGGAAGCAGCAGUCUGACGAGGACGUGAGGAAGAUGUUCGAGCCGUUCGGGAGCAUCGACGAGUGCACGGUGCUCCGGGGGCCCGACGGCACCAGCAAAGGGUGUGCGUUUGUGAAGUUCCAGGGCCACGCAGAAGCACAGGCCGCCAUCAACGCUCUGCACGGGAGUCGCACCCUGCCGGGCGCCUCAUCCAGUCUGGUUGUAAAGUUUGCCGACACUGAGAAGGAACGGGGACUGCGGCGUAUGCAGCAGGUUGCCUCCCAGCUGGGCAUCUUCAGCCCGAUGACCUUGAACUUCGGGGCCUACAACGCCUACACACAGGCGCUGGUCCAGCAGCAGGCCCUGGUUGCACAGUCAGCGUACUUGUCGCCUGUGGCAACAGUUGCCGCGGUGCAGAUGCAGCAGAUGGCUGCGCUCAAUGCCAAUGGCAUUAUCGCCACGCCCAUCACGCCCAUCACCCCCUCUUCGGGUACAAACACGCCCCCAACCAUCGCAGCCACACCUGUGCCAGCCCUGCCUCCCCCAAUCGGGGUCAAUGGCUACAGCCCAGUGCCAGCCGCUGCCAAUGGACAGCCAGCAUCUGAAACACUGUACACCAAUGGCGUUCAUCCUUACCAAGCCCAGAGUCCAGCUGCAGCUUUGGAUCCUCUUCAGCAGGCUUAUGCAGGAAUGCAACACUACACAGCUGCAUAUCCUGCUGCGUAUGGAUUAGUUGGCCAGCCGUUCCCACAGCAACCAACCCUGGUUGCCCAGCAACACCAGCAGCCCCAGCAGCAGCAACAGCGAGAAGGUCCUGAGGGGUGUAACAUCUUCAUCUACCACCUGCCCCAGGAGUUCACCGACUCUGAGAUGCUGCAGAUGUUCCUGCCCUUCGGCAACGUCAUCUCUGCCAAGGUCUUUGUGGACCGCGCCACCAACCAGAGCAAGUGUUUUGGCUUCGUGAGCUUCGACAACCCGGCCAGUGCCCAGACAGCCAUCCAGGCCAUGAACGGCUUCCAGAUCGGCAUGAAGAGGCUGAAGGUGCAGCUGAAGAGGCCCAAAGAUGCCAACCGACCCUACUGAAGUCCCAGGGAGACCAGGAGAGGUGAAGACUCGGUAGACACCAGUGGAGAAUUUCCUCGGGAAUGCACCUUCAGACUGUCUCCACUGGUUAAACGGCGGGACAUCCCAACUACAUAACUGCACAAACAUGUCAGACAUAUGACUUGAUACACAAAUAUUUAUUGAUGUGUACGGACCAAUGUACGAAAAAAAACAUACCCAGCAGCACACAAACACACAGACAUGUCUAUGAAAUAGACCUGACAUUCAUGUACAGAUACACUUACAAAACACACAUAGACAGGGCAAUCAUCUCACCCAGACAAACUGAGCUCGAUUUGAGUGGAGUCUAGGGUGUAUAUUCAUGGUGUACAGUACUUGAAGAAGGAGAGAGGGAGAGGAAUGGAGAGGAAGUAUAAAAGAUAAAUAAGGGUACUGAUGAAAGAGUAAUUGAAAAUAAUAUAUUACUUCUUUUGGUCUAUCAUAUGUUGUGAAGAGUUAGCUUCUGUUUCUGUAAAAGAAAAAAAUGGAAUAAAAAAACAAUAAGAACUGACACGAAAGCGUAGUUUAGAAUGACAGAGAAAAAGAAGCUAUUAACUGUAAAUAAUUUAGUUUCAGAAAAUUAAAGUUGAAAAAAACAAUUAAAAAAUGCAAAAAUAAUAAUUUACACAAAAAUAUGAAAAAAAACAAUGAGAUGUUAUUAUUAACUAUUAUUAUCAAGGGAUUAUCGCAUUUAAAAAUGGAAAGGGGUUUAAAACAAUAACAUAUUUUAACUUAGCUUUUGUUGAUAUAUGGGAGGGAGGGGAGGGAAUUUUGGGUCGAGGUUUAAUAUUUGAAGUAUUUUUUAUUUAUUAAUUAAUUUAUUAAUUCCUUUUUGGUGAGGGGUAGGCUGCUGAAGAAAAAGAGAAG